CAGAAGAAAUUAAAAAAGAUGGAUUAAAGGUAAAUUUAUGGAUAACUGGUCAUUCCCUAGGAGGGGCAUUAGCAACCCUGUUUUAUGCGCGCUUGUUAAAAACAAAUUUGAACGGUUUAUGCGACUACUGUACUCUUCAAGAUGUGGUAACGUUUGCGAGUCCUGCUGUUGGUGAUCAUCAUUUUGCUGCUGAGCUUCAUUCAUUGAUGAACGAUCCUCGAAACAAAUCUAGAAGAUUAUGGCGUGUUGUUUUAAAAGAUGAUAUUGUACCAAAAUUACCAUAUAGAGCUUGUGAAAAAUGGAUGAGAAAAUAUAGCUAUAGCUACGAUGUAUUGAUGAAUUAUGUUCAAGUUGGAAAUAAGAUUACAAUCCGCGAUAAGAAUUAUCUUUCUCUUGGCGGUGAAGAGACCAAUGAGGAUUAUUGUAAACGGUAUAAUAGUUCCAUAAUUUCAACAUCAUUUGGAAAAUCAAUUCUUGUUAUUCCUACUUUAUUUUAUUGCAUAGAAAAUCAUAGGAGUAGGAGUUAUAUUAAGGCUUUGAACGAUUGUAGUAAAGGAACUCAGGAGAUCGAUGUUUUGGAUGAGUUGAA